AUGGGUGGAAAUUCCCCCUGUGCUUCAUGCAAGCUGCUUCGACGCCGAUGUGCCAAGGAAUGCAUUUUUGCUCCUUAUUUUCCAUCUGAUGAUCCUCACAAAUUUUCCAUUGUUCACAAGAUUUUUGGUGCCAGCAAUGUCAGCAAAAUGUUGCAGGAGCUCCCACUGCAACAAAGAGCGGACGCAGUGAGUAGUCUAGUAUACGAGGCAAAUGCACGAGUUAGGGAUCCAGUUUACGGUUGCGUUGGUGCCAUAUCUUACUUGCAAAACCAGGUUUCUCAGCUUCAAAUGCAGCUGGCUGUGGCUCAAUCAGAAAUACUUUGCUUUCAGAUGCAACAAGAACUAGCUCCAAUUACUACUAGUCCAGUACUAUUGGAGGGAGAUGACAAACCAUCCCUUUUCCUUCAUCAAAAUAAUCUUCCUCAGUUCCUUACCUAUUCCUCUUCUAACAAUGUAAUUUUUGACUCUUUCAAGAAAGAGUCAUUUUUGGGACAAGACAUGAUUUUUAGUUAA